AUGCUAGCACUACCCCGGAGAUGGCUCCGGCAGCUUUCGUAUGCGGGAGUUCUCCUUGUGUUUGCGUCGUUCCUUCUUCUUGUCGCCAACAAGAAGAGGUUCAUUCGCUUGCAGGACUACAUCGAUGUGGAUUACAUGCCCCAAUACUUUCAGCCGCCUUCUGAUGCGUAUAUCGUGGACUUGGCCAUUGGUUCUUGCGCGAACUACAAUAAAUUAUUGAAGAAGCCCCACUGUGGGCUUCCGUCCGAUAAGGAAGGAAAACAUGGCGACUUGGGCUCGAGUGGUGGCUGGAUCCGUGUCAACAAAAACUUGCUUUUGGGCUCUUCGUGGGUUUGGGCGUCGUACUUGCUGGUGAAAGAGAUACAACCAGAGUAUCAUGAAAAGCAUGGCGACACGGUGAUUGUGGAUGUGUGGGUUGCAAAUCCAGAGGAAGAUUGUCGUGUGAAGGGUAAUAAGAAAUGCAUUCCCAAGAAGAUCUUGGAAGAGAUCCACAAGACGCGGGUUUUUGAUGACGAAGAUCUUGCACAAUUACAGGAGCAAACGAAAGAUAUAAAGGGCCAGGUUGAAAAUGGCGAGGGGAAACCAGCCCCUGAAGAACUUGAGAAAAUGUACGAACCCAAGGGUGGAAACGAGGGUACCAGUGAGUCUGAUGAGGAAGACGAAGAGAAGACGAAAGAGAAAGAAGAGGAAAAAGAGAAAGAAGAGGAAAAAGAGAAAGAGGAGGAAGAGAAAGAAGAGAAAAAAGAAAAGGAAAAGGAGGGAAAGGAGAAAGAGAAACAUAGCAAAGACGAAGAAAAUAAAGAAGAAAAGUCAAAACGCGACAAAGAAUCUUCUCGUCAUGACCUUGAAGGCUAUUUGUUGAUUCCCUCGCAAAAGAAAUUGGACGAAUCAGGAUGGAAAAAGCUCUCGCACGGAGUUUGGGUCAAGUACGGCCCGGCCACAGAAAAUGCCGUCACAGGAAUUGAUGUUCUCUUCGGUCCCGAUGCCGUUGACCCUCGUCCCAACUGGGAUCUCUUGCCACACCCACUAAAAGACAUAGGCGGUCCAGCUGGUAUGGAGCCACGUUUGACCAUCCGUUAUGGACGGAGAUUGAACUACAAGAGCAAAGAGUACCAACCGCCACUUAAGUUUUCGUCUGAAGGUACAUUCAAGAUUCUUCAGGUAGCUGAUUUGCAUUUUUCUACUGGAGUAGGAAAAUGUAGAGACCCUGUCCCAGCUUCUAGUGCUAAAGGGUGCGAGGCGGAUCCUAGGACUUUACGCUUCAUUAAUGAGGUGUUGGACAUUGAAAAGCCUGAUUUCGUGGUGAUGACUGGCGACCAGGUGUUUGGUCAGGCUGCACCUGAUCCCGAAACUGCGUUAUUCAAAGCUGUCUCGCCUUUCGUGCAGCGGAAAAUCCCUUUUGCCAUUACUUUAGGUAACCAUGACGACGAAAGCGUUUUAUCACGCGAACAAAUGAUGAAACUAGCUUCGUCCUUGCCAUAUUCCCACGCUUCUGUUGGCCCACAGGAAGUGGAUGGAUUUGGAAAUUACGCUCUCGCAGUGGAAAGUAGUAAACUGAAGAAGGCUGGCGCUGCGUUGUACUUUUUGGACAGUCACAGCUAUUCCAAACAACCUAAAACAAACCCCGGUUAUGACUGGUUCAAAGAUAGCCAAAUAACGUGGCUCGAAUUAGAGUCAGCAGGUCUUCAGGAAGAAGCUGGUGCGCCGAAAGGGCUGCUUCUCAGCAUGGCCUUUUUCCACAUUCCCAUCCCCGAGUUCCGCGAAACUGCGGACCGGCCAUUCAUAGGCCAGAUGCGUGAGGGCGUAGCGGGCCCCAAGUACCAUGUCGAUAUCAGAGCAGCAUUUGGUAUUGCAGGUAUUCAUGUGGCAUCUGUAGGACAUGAUCAUGCUAAUGACUACUGUUUGCUCAACGAACAGGACCGCGAGACAGAGUACCACCACAAAAUGUGGCUUUGUUACGGCGGCGGAGCAGGUGAAGGAGGUUAUGGUGGAUACGAUGGAUACAUUCGCCGUGUACGUGUGUAUGAACUUAACCAAGAGGCCAAAGAGGUGAGAACAUGGAAACGCGCGGAGAAUAAUCCAGGAGAGAUGUUUGACAGGCAAGUGAUUGUGAAAGAUGGCGAGACCUUGGGCAGUGUUAACGAGUUUUAG